AUGAGUCUCUCUCUCUCUCUCUCUCUCUCUCUCUCUCUCUCUCUCUCUCUCUCUCUCUCUAUGUGUGUGUGUGUGUGUAUGGCGCGUGAGCAAUUUAUGAGGUCCAUCGAGAUGGCUGCGCCCUUGCAUCGUGUCAUCUCCCGGUCCACCCUCUUGCAGCGGAGUGCGGAACGCGAUCCAGCGCUAGCCAACUUCCUCGGCUCCAUCCAAGCAUCAGCCUUGGGCAAUACCACUGUCGAGGGCCAACAUGAGGUUGUUAUUGAGUCUACACUACCCUUUAACCCAUAUGUGCAGCUCGUCCGCUUGGCACGCGGUGCAGCCGCACAGCAACAUCUGAGCCGCUAUGACCAAAACUUUGUGACACGCCUGAACCAUGGCCUCACCCUUCAGGACGUCCCACGCACCCUGCCGCGAGGCCUGUUCAUGCUACAAGGCGAAGAGCCCAACGAGGUCUUUUAUGGCACCGAGGCAGCGCUUCAGCUCUUGGACAUUCGCACCUACUACGCCCAUCAGUUCGACUUGAUUAUCCGUAACGUGACAGUUGAGUCGGGCCUUCAGACCGCCUGUGACAUCCUGCAGACCGUUUUCAGCCAUGCCAUGACCGUUAGUGCAGAUGGGCAGGACCACUUCCUCAUCUGGCGCGCCAGCAUCAAUGGAAACCUGGAUCACCUCUCUUCUCAUCUCAACCCCGUGACUAUCGGCCCCAAAUCGCUGGACGAAGCCAGCCGGGCAUGGGCACCUUUGGAAAUCGUUGUCUACGUCCAUCUUCUUGAGACCACCACCAGCAAAGUACCUUUGCUAGGUUACACGGAGCCCCCAGCCACGCCAUUUGUCACUGGUGUCUUCCUGGAUCGGGAUGGCGUCCGCUCUCUCUCAAACCUCGUUUGGAACGAAGGCGAGGAGGUGUCAAGCCUCGUUCAUGUGGUUGCGGAACAUUAUCGCUCCCAGAAGCGACCCCACUCCUUUCUUCUCGAUCCCACACCCAUCGUCUCUUCGUUCUUGCUGGAGCAAUAUUUGGAACAUCAUGCAAGCCUCACCUCGGCCAGUGCCAUAGCGCGUCGCCUCCUACCAUCUGUGCGGCUGUGCUACAGACGCUCAAAGCCAAGUACUCCGAGCUUAUCCGUCGCUUUCAACGCCUCGCGCGCAGUCAAGGUCAAGCGCAACACCUCCUUUGAUCAAAAAUCAAAACGAAAUAAGGCAGCCCUUCCUGCCAUGUUGGGUAGCAGCGUCAAUGUCGACCAGAUUCAACGCGAUGUUUGGCUGCACCAGCCCCACGCCUGGGGACUGUACGACCAGUUGGGCGUCAACGUGGCAGAAGCAGCCGAUCGCAUCCGCGCCGCGCCGUCAAUUCGCCAUGCAGCUGUGCGCAUGCAAUACCUUCAUGACAUCAAGCUGGAUCGUACAAUCCAAAAUGCAUUAUCUGCGGCUCUCGGCCAAGUGCCCCUUCCAGAGCGACCCUUUGGCAUCCUUGAGACGCAUCUCACGGAAGGGUUGCGCACGCGUCUGGGCGGUGAAGCUGCAAAUGGUGGCGAGCCUCAGUCUUGCUUGGGUAUCACAGAUGUGAGCAUUUUGAGUGGCCGAGUGCUUGGUCGAACGGUGCGCUGGCACAUGGUCGAGCAGUUUUGCCUUCUUGUGGCCGGUAGCCGCAGCGAUGCCCUGGAUCGCUUCUCUGUCAUGCUGGCAACGCCCUUAAUUGAGGCCACGCGACAUCAACGCCACGGUCAGCUUUUGAUCUUGAGCAUUAAUACGGCUCACGCCGUGUGGACACCGAGUGACAUUGAUGUCAACGUCGAGGACUUUACGGCUUCGCUCGCGCUGGCCAUGCAAAAUCGCAUUGGAAUCAUUGUCAACUAUCUCGUGUGCUGUGGUGAUCAUUACGAGGCUGUGAGCAAGACGAUCCAGGUUUUCUUAUUGAGUGGCGAUGAUCAAAUUCUCCUUAGCCCGGCCGUUCGGGACUUAACCCUGGUGUCUCAAGUUACCGUGUAUCCUUCGGGCAAAGAGGCAUCCUUGGCAGCACGCUUGUGGCAAGCCGCUGCGGCCACUACCUAUGGAACGCAUGUGACAGUGCAGGCGUCUGGCGAUCAUCUUAAGCGCAUGUAUGCCGAGGCUUUGGUGUCUGCCCAGUACCAACGAGCCGUUCUGCUUGGGCUCUUGAAUUUGAAGCAAGAGCAGGUACAAGACGAAGCACCGGCAGCGGGACUAUAUCGCUUCGCGGAGAGCGCGUGCUCGGCCUUGGUCGUGACUGAGGAUUUGGUGAAUUCUUUGAAGCAACUUGCCACCUUUUUGGUUGAGGUGGAUGUUGAACCCGAGCCCAAAUUUUGGCGUGCCAUUCAACAACACGUGACUUUUACCGCACAUUGCUUACAGCAAGUCUUGGGCGUCGGCGUGCUGGGGGCGGGUGGCAUGGCGCGCACGCUUGUAGCAGACUGUCUGGUUGCCGUGUCUGCAGAUGCGGGCUUGGCGCAACCGACCAGUGAUUUGACUGCGGUGGUGCGCGAGCUGAGCCUACAAGAGCCUCCCGGAGCAAGCUCUGAGGUGCCCAUGGUUGGUCCAGAUCCGCGGCGUCAAUUGGCAACGGAGGCGGGAUUGAACGCCUUGCGUACUCUGUCCGGGUUUCUGGCAAGCCGCCGCAGCUUGCUCGGCGCAGAGCUUUGGCCACUCUUGGGCAUCGACAACUAUGUCACGCUUGGCGAGACGCGUCUCCAGGACGACCGUGCAUCUUUAUCAUCCGCUCGCAACCGUGCCGUGACUGCGACGGCUGCCAUGCCCAGAGACGCCGUGGCAGUAGAGAACUCAAGGGUGGCGCGACGCCACAAAACGGGUGCCGAGGACGGCGGACUCCAGCCAACGCCACCAGCCUCGCCAAGAACCGGGCAUCGUCUGCGCCGUGGCCUCACCGGUGGACCUCGCCAGUCUUUGCAUCUACGUCGAGCGGAGGCACCAUCAUGGUAG